AGUGGCCGCUGAUGCCACGCGUUCUGCGGGCCGCGGGGCCGGGCUUCUGGGAGUUGUAGUCGCCGGGGGCGGACGCCGUCGGGAUGGAAGCCUCCUGGCGCCAGGUGGCCGGCGGCCGAGGCCGAGCCCGAGGACGGGCCACCGCGGCGGCCCCUUCUUCGGGGAAUGGAAUCCACCUCCGCGGCGCCGGAGGAGGGCGAGGCAAGGGGGCCGCGGGUCCUGGCCCCCGCCCGGGGGGAGCGGCGAGCCCGGCGGCGGCGGGGGGCUCGGCCCGGAGCGGCCCCGCGGGACCCGGAGCCCCGCAGACCCCCGCGGCGUGCGAGCUAAUGUCUCAAAGGAAAUUUGAGGAAAUCAAGAAGGCCAAUCAAGCUGCAGCCAAAAAACUUGUUGAAGAACACUUUAGCUCUUCCUCUGAAGAAGAAGGAGAUGAAGAUUUUGAAGGAAAACGGGGGAAAAUAGUUGCUAAUACAUUUACAAGUUACACUACUCAGACAGAUGGAGAUAUGCGUGAAUUAGAGCGAACAAGACAGUAUGUACAUGAAGCUUUCCAAGCAGGGGCUAUGACGUGCUUAAUUUGUAUUGCUUCAGUGAAGAGAAACCAAGCAGUUUGGAGCUGUUCAGGAUGUUUCUGUAUAUUUCACAUGCCCUGUAUCCAGAAGUGGGCUAAAGAUAGCCAAUUUCUGGUAUCUUCUCCUUUGACGGAUGACGAUUUUGGAAAGAGAGAUUAUCCUUGGCCAUGUCCAAAAUGUAGGUUUGAAUACAAACGAUCUGACACACCUAGUAGGUACUAUUGCUAUUGUGGAAAAGUAGAAGAUCCACCUUUAGAUCCAUGGCUUGUGCCUCACUCAUGUGGCCAAGUAUGUGAGAGAGAAUUUAAACCUCCUUGUGGCCAUAAGUGUUUACUCCUCUGUCAUCCAGGUCCCUGCCCUCCUUGUCCAAAGAUGGUCACAAUUACUUGUUACUGUAAAAAAGCAAAACCUAUACCUCGUAGGUGCAGUGCUAAGGAAUGGUCAUGUCAGCUGCCAUGUGGGCGGAAGUUGCUUUGUGGACACCAUAAAUGUGAAAGUCCUUGUCAUGCAGGGAAUUGUCCGCCCUGUCCAAGAGUUAGUAGGCAAAAGUGUGUCUGUGGGAAACAAAUAGCCGAAAGAAGCUGUGCAAGUCCACUGUGGCACUGUGAUCAAGUAUGUGGGAAAACACUGCCAUGUGGUAAUCAUACAUGUGAGCAAGUUUGCCAUGUUGGUGCUUGCGGAGAAUGUCCUCGAUCUGGGAAAAGGUUCUGUCCAUGUCAGAAGUCAAAGUUUUCUUUGCCUUGUACAGAAGAUGUACCAACUUGUGGAGACAGUUGUGAUAAAGUACUUGAAUGUGGAAUCCAUAGAUGUUCACAGCGUUGUCACCGAGGUCCUUGUGAAACAUGUAGACAAGAGGUGGAAAAGCAUUGUCGCUGUGGAAAGCAUACAAAACGAAUGCCAUGUCAUAAACCUUAUCUGUGUGAGACUAAGUGUGUUAAGAUGCGGGACUGUCAGAAGCAUCAGUGUAGGAGAAAGUGUUGCCCUGGAAACUGUCCUCCUUGUGAUCAAAACUGCGGACGGACUUUAGGAUGUAGAAACCAUAAAUGUCCAUCUGUCUGCCACAGAGGCAGUUGUUAUCCCUGCCCAGAAACCGUAGAUGUGAAGUGCAAUUGUGGUACUACAAAGGUGACGGUGCCCUGUGGCCGGGAACGUACCACAAGACCACCCAAGUGCAAAGAGCAAUGUAGUCAACCACCAACUUGCCAUCAUACAAGUCAAGAAAAACAUCGCUGUCACUUUGGCUCUUGUCCUCCAUGUCAUCAACCUUGCCAAAAAGUUUUGGAGAAAUGUGGUCACUUGUGUCCUGCUCCAUGUCAUGAUCAAGCGUUAAUAAAGCAAGCUGGCAGGCACCAGCCUACAGGCCCUUGGGAACAGCCUUCUGAGCCAGCGUUUAUUCAAACUGCAUUACCUUGUCCUCCAUGUCAAGUUCCUAUUCCUACAGAAUGUCUUGGGAAGCAUGAGGUAAGUCCACUACCAUGCCAUGCUGUAGGACCCUACUCUUGUAAGAGAGUAUGUGGACGAGCCCUAGAUUGUCAGAAUCAUACGUGUAUGAAAGAAUGCCACAAAGUAACUGAAAUUGAUGCCUGCAUUGGCAAAAACAAGGCUGGCCCAGAAUGCCUUCAGUGUGAAGAAGGGUGCUCUAAAUCACGUCCUCUGGGUUGUCCCCAUCCAUGUGUUUUGCCGUGUCACCCUGGAGAAUGUCCUCCUUGUGUUCAGAUGCUUAGAAUAAAAUGUCACUGCAAGAUCACAAGCCUAUAUGUGGAAUGUAGAAAAAUAACCACAGCUGAUGAAAAUGAAAAGAACCUCCUUAGUUGUUGCAAAAAUCAGUGUCCUAAAGAGCUUCCUUGUGGUCACAGAUGCAAAGAAAUGUGUCAUCCUGGUGAAUGUCCCUUUAAUUGCAACCAGAAGGUAAAACUUAGAUGUCCUUGUAAAAGAAUUAAAAAGGAAUUGCAAUGCAACAAAGUACGUGAAAAUCAGAUUUCAAUAGAAUGUGACACAACAUGCAAGGAAAUGAAGCGGAAAGCAUCUGAGAUAAAAGAAGCAGAAGCCAAAGCUGCUCUUGAAGAGGAAAAACGAAGACAACAGGCCGAACUGGAGGCUUUUGAAAAUAGACUGAAAGGUCGUCGGAAGAAGAACAGGAAGAGAGACGAAGUGGCAAUUGAGCUAACAUUGUGGCAGAAAUACAAAUACUAUCUCCUUCCAGCGGGUGCAGUUGUGGUUUUAGUGUUUGCAUGGUACAUAGCCCAUGAUGUGGCUUAAAAAUUAUUGAUCUGUUAAUAUACCUCAGAUUGCGUUUAGAUAAGUUGUUCACUCUGGAAUAUUAGGAAGUAUAUUCUGUAGAACAUACAUAUUCCCAUUCAUCUCUGUAUUCUCUUCCAGCUGUUGUUAGAAGGACAGACUGUUAAGCUUUAUCUUAGCACACUAGAAGUGGCAAAAUACCAUUGUUUAAUAGUAAAAGCAUGACUGAAAUUGUAAAUAUCUCAUAAGGGAUAGCCAGUGGCAGGGUAACAUGUUGUUCAAUGUGCUUCGUUGUGUUAACAUCUGUGUUAACAUCGUUGUUUCAUUUACUGUUUCAAACCAACUUUGUUUUGCAAAAUUAAGAUGAAACUGAGCCAUAUAUGCAGUAAAAGAAAUAUGUCACAAUGUUUUGGUUACUUAUUACAAGGUACUUUUCUUGAUCAUGUUUCCUGAUCAUGUAACUUUGUACUUAAAAAAAAAAAAAUCCUCUAAAAGACCUCUUAAAUUGUAACGUGAAGCUAUAUAAUUAGAUUCCGGAAAUUGGUUUAUUAGUGAGAAGUUUUUAUCAGUUACUAAAAUAAAUUUUUAGGUAGUGGGUCCUUAGAGGAAAAUAUAUAAUUGUUUUUUUUUUAAAUGAGAGGUUAGAUUCCCCACAUAUGGCUAUUUCUUGUGUAAGAAGCAUUUAACUGAAGUUUGGCAUGUUUUGUAAAACGUGUGUCUUUUCCAAAUAAUAAUACAAGAAAAACUGGUAUUUAUGAGCAAUAGAUGCUGGGCACAGGGCUUAUGAGCUUUAUAUAGUUAUUCUCAUGUCUUCUUACCAUGAUCCUAUAAGUAGAUUUCAGCUGGAAAUAAUCAGUUCUUAUGAAACAAGCUGAUAGAGAAAUAUCAGUAAGCCAAAUCUGUUUGAAUUGCCAUUUUAAAUGGUUUUGCUAUUUAAUUUUUGUAUGAUUAAUGUUUUCAUUAAAAUUUUUCAUACCAAAUUUGUAACCUAGAAUAUUUACUAUUAAAAAAAGAAUAUUAAUAUUAUCUAAAAUAUUCAGGAGCCUAUAAUUUUAGGCUAGGUAUUAGUAUCAUUGUAAAAAAUCUCUAGUACUUGAUGUAAAACAUAGUUAUUGAUACUAAAAAGCAUAAGAGUAUGUAUUAAACCGAAGUACAAAGGAGGACUUUAAACUUUGCUGACUUUAAUGCAAAAUUUUUUUAAUGUUCUGUUCAUCUAGUGUUAGCUAGGUGUCCUAAACAAAAGGGCAGUCAUGCCUUUCAUAAUAGUAUUUGUGUUUUGACUUUAGGUUUUGUUUCUUUUUUACCUUUCUCAAUGUUAGAAUACCUGGGUUGAUGUUUCGGAAGCUCUAAAUUAGAGCUGCUACAUGCAAGUCAUUUCCUCAAUCUCAAAUGAAUAUUAAAGACUAUGAACAACUAGGUGUCUACCUACCUAGGAGCUAUUUUCAUGUGUCUCAGAAUCUCGGCCUAAUAAACAAGCCUGAAGCCUGUUUCCUAUCCGUUUGUUGGGCUUCUGUUCUGGCUGGUUUUCUUUCUAAUUUGUGGGGAGGAAUUUAGUAAGCAGAGGAAGGAGAUUGAUUGAACAAAUAAUAAAUUAAGCUGUUUACCAUU